AUGUUUUCCUUUCUCACUAUUGCUAGGGCACAUGAAGAAGAGGAACGAGAUUUUACAAAUAUAUUUUCUUCUUCUUAUACGAAUCUUAGAGACAAUUAUUACUUUUCAAACUGUGUUUUUGAAAAUAUUGGAACUUCAACAUCAAGUUCAUCAAUUAGUCUCACAAACGGCACAAGUUCAUAUUAUAUAGAUUUGUUUAGAUGUUCGUUCAUUGGAUGUAUAGCACAGAGCGGUGGUUCUGUUACAAUUACAGGCUCAAACGAUGUCAGCUAUAAUCUUAAUAUGAAAUUUAUAUGUUUAUAUCAUUGUAGCGCCACUACAGAAGCUGGAAUUUGGUUGCUUGAAAUCUGGUCUGAGUUUAAUUUAUCAUAUUGUUCGAUGGUGUCUUGUUCAAGUAGAUACAGAACAUCUUAUAUUAGGGAUGGAAACGGUCCAAUUGUAUCAAAUUGGAAUUCUACAGAUAUUACAGCAGAUACUAAGGGGGAUUGGAAUGAUAUUUCCCAAGGAGCAUUUUAUUUUCAUUGCGGAACGGAUUACUCUAUUAAAUACUGCAAUUUUGAGAAAUGUAAUAGUAGAGAUAGUUUGAUUCAUAGUUGGUGGUCAGAAGGCAAUUGUUAUAUCACUAGAUGUAAUUUUGUUGGAAAUAAUGUGUCUUGGUUUGCAAUUAUUUUUCUCAAUUUUUCUCAUACGGCGAAAAUCACUAUUGAUUACUGUAAUUUCUUAGACAAUAUAUUUGAAAAGAAUGUAUUUAAAUGCACAAGAUUAACAUAUUUUACUGAUUCAGCAAGAAUUGAUAUAGGUACUCUUGUUGCAAAUAAUAUGAAUACUAAUACAUAUGUAGUUGCUGGAUAUGUGUCUGGAUAUCCAACAAUUGUUGGUUCCACAUGGAAAACAGAAAAAAUAACUUUCUUUGAAACAUUGCAAUGCAAAGCCAAAAUUAAAUAUCCAGAAAAAUCUCCUAUUGAAACUCCAUUUAAUUCACCCAAUAAAACCCCACUUGAAACUCUUUAUCUAACACCACAUGAAACCCCUAAUAUAACUCCAUUUGAAACCAAUGGUUUCACUCCAUAUACAACACCAAUCAGCACACCGUAUUCAACAGUGGAAAAUACUGUAAUUGAAACUCCAAGACAAACCCCAAUUGAAACACAAUUUUCAACACCAAGUGAUACAAUUUUUGAUACACCAUGCGAAACUCAAUUUAUGACACCAUAUGAUACUUUCUCAUAUACUAUGUACGAUACUCCUUUAGAUACAUUUUCUUUAACUCCUUUUUCAACUGUAAUAUCAACUCCUUUUCAGACAUUGAUAUUUACAUUAGUUGAAACACCUGUUCCUACAAUAGAUAAAACGCCUUCGACAACUCCUUUAAGUUCACUUGAUUCUACUCCAUUCUAUACGGACAAAGAAACUGCGGAGAUGACACCAUUUAAUACAGAAAUGGAAACUAUUUUCAUUACGCCAAUUGCAGCAGUAUCAUCGACACAAUUGGAUACGCCUUUCGAAACGCUUUACCAAACUCCUACUAUUACACCAAGUGAAACUUUGCCAAUGACUCCAAUUUUAACACAAAAAGAAACCAUUUUUAUGACUCCAUUCUUUACUUUAUCAAAAACUCAAAUUCCAACCCUAGAAGAAACAGAGCAUGAAACUCCAUUUAAUACACCUCAUUUAACGGGGUAUUAUUAUUGUCGUCUGGCGGUUUUAGACGACAAUGCGAAUUUUCAAAUAAUAGGAUUUUUAGCCAGAUAA